AGAUUUUGGAUCAAGGGCUUGGUUGCAGAGUGCCUAUCCUGCUCUAUGAAGGUCGCGUCAGCACGAUUGGCACGGGCACUUGCUGCACGAACUGCAGGAUGCCCUCAAGCCCGCCCAUGCUUGCGCAAGGCAGAUUUAGCAAUCAGCCAGGGGCUACCAUCACCAUUGUCGGCAUGUUUCCACACGCCGCAGCUGCAGUGCAGGCGUUUGCACGCCAGCCAAAGUGAAGGGGAAGCUGAGGCUAAGAAAUCAGAGGAAAUCAAUUCCUCAGAGGGUGCCGCCAGCGCAGAAAGCCAGGACACAGAGAAGACAGAGAAGACGGAAGAGGCAUCUUCCGAAGUUGAGGAAGCCCCAGAAAAGUUGCUUCAGAAAGAACUUGCAGACCUUCAGGAGCUCGUCCGGCAAAACAAGCAUGAGUUGCUUUUGUCAUUGGCGGACUUUGAGAAUAACAAGAAACGUUUCCUCAAAGAACGAGAGGAUAGAAGAAGGAGCUCUAUGGCAAGCUUUGCGACCAAGAUGGUGCAGGUUUAUGGCCAGCUGAAUGCUUUCGCUAUUGAGAAGCAUGAUUCAGGCACUGCCCAGGCACUGCACGAAGGUGUCGCAUUAACCAGGGAUUUGUACAAGGCCUCCUUGGACAAGUUUGGCGUUCGGCCACUUCAGGUAGAGGUUGGAGAGCCGUUUGUUGCGGCUCGCCACGAGAAAUCGGAGACCAUUGAGAGUACAGAUCUGCCAGCAAAUUCAAUUGCUGAGAUGGUGCGACCAGGCUGGAUCCUGGAUCCCGAUAGCCCAAAGUCGGUUGUUCUGCAGAAGGCUGAAGUGCACGUCGCCACACAUGGUCCCAAGGUUCCGCCGCCAUAAAAGGCCAGUUCCUGACGCCUUUCCACAACAUUUGCGUGACGCAGGCGACAAAGGUCCUGAAUCAGAAACCUGGAACAGACCUGGACAGCACGCUUUUCACCAUUUUUGCCGUGGGCAAAUCCUCCUCCAAGCUUUGGCGCAAAGCUGGAGCAAAAAGCAGACUUGCACCAAUUUCACGUGACAUGUGGCAAGAAUCAUUGUUAAUUUUUGUGGAUCAUUGACCUAUGCGGAGUGUCAGAGGCAGACAAGUUGUCUGAAGGAUG